GUAGCCCUGGCGCGCGCGCGCACCAUUGUGUGGCUGGACUCGGCCGCCGCUGCGGUGUGAGGCGCGAGUUCGGGUUUUUGCCGUCCCCGCACCCGCACCGCGGCUCCCGUGUUGCGGCCCGCCGCUGGAGAACCAGCCUUCGGGACCCUGUUCGCCACGGACAUGCCGCGCGUCUAUAUAGGACGCCUGAGCUACAAUGUCCGGGAAAAGGACAUUCAGCGCUUUUUCAGCGGUUACGGCCGCCUCCUCGAAGUAGACCUCAAAAAUGGGUACGGCUUCGUGGAGUUCGAGGACUCCCGCGACGCCGACGAUGCCGUUUACGAACUGAACGGCAAGGAGCUCUGCGGCGAGCGCGUGAUCGUGGAGCACGCCCGGGGUCCACGUCGCGAUCGCGACGGCUACAGCUACGGAAGCCGCAGUGGUGGAGGUGGAUACAGCAGUCGGAGAACCUCUGGAAGAGACAAAUAUGGACCACCUGUUCGUACAGAAUACAGACUUAUUGUAGAAAAUCUUUCUAGUCGUUGCAGUUGGCAAGAUUUAAAGGAUUUCAUGCGGCAAGCAGGUGAAGUCACCUAUGCAGAUGCUCACAAAGAACGCACAAAUGAGGGUGUAAUUGAAUUUCGUUCCUACUCUGAUAUGAAGCGUGCUUUGGAUAAACUGGAUGGUACCGAAAUAAAUGGCAGAAAUAUUAGGCUUAUUGAAGAUAAACCACGAACAAGCCAUAGGCGGUCAUAUUCUGGAAGCAGAUCUAGGUCACGCUCUAGAAGAAGGUCACGGAGUAGGAGUCGCAGGAGCAGCCGCAGUAGAUCUCGAAGUGUCUCGAAAAGUCGCUCCCGAUCCAGGUCACGGAGCAAAGGUCGAUCACGUUCUCGAUCGAAAGGCAGGAAAUCUAGAUCAAAGAGCAAAUCUAAGCCCAAGUCUGAUCGGGGCUCCCAUUCACACUCUCGAAGCAGAUCUAAGGAUGAGUAUGAGAAAUCCCGA